GGUGGGGAAAAACACCGGGGGAAAAAAAAACUGUUAUGUUUUGACAAGGGAGCAAGUGAAAGAAAAGUGCGACAUUUUGCGCUGGAAAUAUUUACAAAGACAACGCGUUCAACACCUCGUGAAGUGAAAACAAGCGCUUGGAGCGUCUCAGACAGAAGUCUCCUUGUCGUUGCAGACCGGACGCUGCGUCCCCGUCUCUAAGUGUCCCGACCCGGAGCCACAUCGUCAGCACGCCGUCGUCAUGGCGGGUCGACCCAACGGGCCGGCCGCGGGGAACAAGAUCUGCCAGUUUAAGCUGGUUCUGCUGGGCGAGUCGGCCGUAGGGAAGUCCAGUCUCGUCCUGCGCUUCGUCAAGGGCCAGUUCCACGAGUACCAGGAGAGCACCAUCGGAGCGGCGUUCCUCACGCAGACGGUGUGCCUGGACGACACGACGGUCAAGUUUGAGAUUUGGGACACAGCCGGGCAGGAGCGCUACCACAGCCUCGCACCUAUGUACUACAGAGGAGCGCAGGCAGCCAUCAUCGUCUACGACAUCACUAACACAGACACGUUUGCACGAGCGAAGAACUGGGUGAACGAGCUGCAGAAGCAGGCGAGUCCCAACAUCGUCAUCGCCCUCUCUGGCAACAAAGCUGACCUCGCUAACAAGAGAGCUGUUGAUUUCCAGGAAGCACAGACGUACGCUGAUGAUAACGGCCUGCUGUUCAUGGAGACUUCGGCCAAAACUGCCAUGAAUGUCAAUGAGAUAUUCAUGGCCAUCGCAAAGAAGCUGCCUAAGAACGAGCCUCAAGCAGGGGGAGGAGGAGGUGCCAGUGGGCGGGGCCGAACGGGUGUGGACCUUCAAGACUCCGCCCCCCAGGGCUCUACGGGCAAAUGCUGCAACUGAUUGACCGGUUCUGGUAGCACAGGGUCCAAAUGGAGAUGUGGAAGACGAGCAACGUGGCAUCUAUAUAGUGAUGAAGAUGAUGAUGAUGAUUCUUAGAGAUUAUGUUUUUGAUCUUUUUUUUCUACAGAAAAAAAAAAAUCACAUAAGCUAGCACUUCCUCUCUCUCUCUCUUUCUCAAUUUCACUUCCUGUCUUUUAUGAAAAAUACUAACGUGAUCGACUUAAGGCUCGUUUUUAAAAACAUGAUUAAACAUCGGCGGGGUUGUUUUGGUGGCGGGGGGGUGCGCGCACCACUUUUUUCUCUUCCCCUAAGGUUUUUUUUUUCGUUGUGUGUGUGUGUGUGUGUGAUCUUAAAGAUGCUGUCACGGCGGGGAAACUCACACCAUUUUGUACACGAGCAAGUAUUGGUUUUACUGCGAUGGUGGACAUCAUGGCAUUAGUGUCAGGGUUGUGUGUGUGUGUGUGUGUGUGUGUGUGUAUGUGUGUAUGUGUGUAUGUGUGUAUGUGUGUAUGUGUGUGUGUGUGUGUGUAUGUAUGUGUGUGUAUGUGUGUGUGUGUGUGUGUGUAUGUAUGUGUGUGUGUGUGUGUGUAUGUGUGAGAGUGUGAGGAUUACCUCUGACACCUGAGGAAACAUUUUUAACAUCGUGGUUUUUUCAGUCUGUAAAGAGGGAAAUAAAAAAAGGAGGGAAAGA